AUGGUCCAACCAGGCUGCAGCGGCAAGCGAUCUCGCCGUGCCGAGAAGCGGCAGCCAGUGAAGCAGACGGAGCUUUGCGCGUUCUUCGCAGAGGGGAAAUGCACCCGUGGGAAUCGCUGCACCUUCGCUCACGGCAUUGCGCAGCUGCGCCCACGCCCAGACCUCUACAAGACAAGGCUUUGCUCCUCCUGGGCCCUGCUGCAGCGCUGUCCCUACGGCGAGAGCUGCACUCAUGCCCACGGUGAAGAAGAGUUGCGUACGAUCGGGGACUUUGCAGAUCCGGCAGAGGUGCGAGGGCUGAGCAAGGAGGAGUCCUCCACAGCAUCUGGAGACUGUGAGUCU